UAGAUUUCACUCUGCCACUAGACGUGGCUCCUGUGAAUCUUCCGAAGUUGUGGUCUUAGUUUUUUUUUUAAUAUAUAUUUUUAGACGGUAAGGCGUUGAAAUGGCAGGUGUGGCGGCGAGAUUUCUGUUUUAUCCGACCCUCGCUUACAAUGUUUGUAUGGAGAAAAUAUCGUCGAGGAGAUGGUUUGACAGAAUAGAUCAAACGGUGCUUCUCGGAGCGUUGCCUUUUAAAUCAAUGACUCAAGAGCUGGUGGAGAAAGAGAACGUGAAAGGCGUUAUUACCAUGAAUGAAGAAUAUGAGACUAAAUACUUUUGCAAUACUGCUCAGGAGUGGAAGUCUGUGGGAGUGGAGCAGCUGUGUCUGAGCACAGUGGACUUCACCGGAGUCCCCAGUCUGGAAAAUCUACACAAAGGAGUCGACUUUGCCCUGAAGCACAAGGAGCAGGGAGACAGUGUGUACGUUCACUGCAAGGCUGGCCGGUCGCGCAGUGCCACUUUAGUAGCUGCGUAUCUAAUAAGGCUGCACUGCUGGAGCCCCGAGCAGGCGUGCAGUUUCAUGGCGUCCGUCCGUCCUCACAUCCUCGUUCGACAGGGACAACUGGAGGUCCUGCGCCGGUACCAUGAGCAAGUCUGUACCGCGAAACCUACGUGACGCUGGACUUAUCCUCCGUCAGAGAAAUAUACAAGAGUUGAGCAAAAACAAAGGAGAAACGCCUGCCAUUGCAAUCAACAUAGGAUGUAGGGUAACAGCGACCGGGCAGGUCAGUCAGCAAAUGGUUUAAAUGACCAUUCCUCAGUGAUUACAAUCACUCAUGUCUAUAUCUCCGUAUCCCACAAUAUACCCCUGGUGUUUCUAAUGCUUUGUAUAUUCUAUUUAAUAUAUAUAUAUAUAUAUAUAUAUAUAUAUAUAUAUAUAUAUAUAUAUAUUGAAAACCACAGUGAUUCUGUGCAUGUUUAAGGGUGAGGGUGGGGGUACAAUCGGUUUAAUGGCAGCUUCUUAACAUGAAAUCUGAUGGGCAGAUUUCUCAGGCAAGUCAUUCUCUUUUGCCUUGUGCUGAACAUUCUUCAUACAGAACUAUACUGGUAAUUAAUACUCGACAGACAGGUUUUUGACAGCAAGGAGGGUUUAUUUGCCAGACUGGGCGUAACCAAUAGGAACUGAAAUAGGAAGUUAAAAUAAAUCAGCCUGCAGGUGGUAAUGCAAAAAUCCAUAAUACACUGGAAGUAUAUAAUGAAAGACAGAGUUAUGUAGACUUGCUUUAACAUUGUGGCUUGUUUCUGACAUAAUUGUGCAGGACAAGGCAUCUCUGUCAAAGCUAAGCAAGUAUGGCAAAAAUGUAUCCAAUUGUUCUCAAGGCAGGUUUGUGCAGGAUUGUUAUUGAACACACCUAGCAUCUUCCCCGCUGCGUGGAGAAAAUGGGUUCUGGUUUUCAUGCCGGUGGCAACUUUUGUUUGUACAGCCUAAGCCUCAGGCAUGUGCACCCUAUUCUGUACCAUGCCUUGUACAUUUAAUAAGUUAUUAGAGCAGGAGAAUACACAUCAGGAGUGGUCUGACUUCUAAAUGAACUUUUUAAAAUCUUUAAUGUAGGUAAAGUCCUAAUUAUUUUGUGAUAUAUAAUAUAUUCUGGCCAAUAAGUUAUUUUAUUAAUUUUGUGUUUAAUCUGGGCAAAGGCAGUCUUCAUGACUUGGUUUACAGUAAAUAAUCUGUCCAUGCAUUAUCACAAGUACAAUAGAAAUGCAAGUAACUCAUGAAUGCAUGCAAAUACGUUAUUGUGCAGUUGUGUACCUAGCCAGUGGAGGUUCUACCUAUUCUUUACAGUUGCCCUUCUCUUAGAAACCUGCUUUUUAAAUUCCUGUUAUGUCUGUCCAUGUUUGUUUAAUUUAUCAUCUCAAUCUGUUGUUGCUUUAGUCUGUAUAACCGUUAAAUCUUCAGCUGCCGACACACGUUUCAUUUAUGAGUAACUGUGCUUGAGUGUCACUAUGCUGUAUGUGUGCAUGUAAACUAUGCUAACACUCCUUUCAAUGUGAUAUAGUAAAUGGGUAUUGCCUUACUAAUUGGGGCUGUGCUGCUGGCUCAGUAUUUUAAGUACAACAUAAACUGUAUAGCAGAGAUUCACUUUAUCGUCUGUCUCUGGCUUUUGCUUUGUUUGUUCUUCUGUGAAUUUUGUUGGGAAGAAUAUCCUAUUUUAAGAAGCUGACCUAGUACAUAGGAGCCUCCUGGCUGAAUCAAGCACAUCUCAUUUCUGGUAAAAGUAGUGUUUCUCUGAUAAGAGAGUUCUGAUCUUCAGUAAGUGUUCACAGAUUUCCAUGCUGCAAUCUGGGAUAUUAAGCAUAUUCCUGAGCAGUGCUUUUCAUAAAAAAGAAAUAAAAAAAGCACAGUUUAA